AUGAGUAAGGGCUACCACCGGAUGAGCCGACGGAUUCAGGGGACCGACGGCGAGCUUUCCAGCCUCGUGAAUGCCGGUAUUGAUGCCCGCGCUACUCUGGAGGAUGGCUCGGUCCUGGUCUUCUCGGACCUGGACGGUCCGAAUGACGACCUGACCACCUUCACCCGGUCUCUUGGUCGACUGGCACCGGGCACUCGCGUCCUGCGCGACCUUGGCCACCUGGGCGACGAUGAGAACAUCAUCAUCCUUGAGAAGGGCCACGAUGCCGAGGACAUGCCGCGCCUGGUGAACACCCUGCGCUCGGAGUACCCGACCGCCUUCCGGCCGAUCUUCGCCGAUGACGAGCAGCGCUACAUCAUCACCUCCUACCAGUCGUCCGACGUCCUGGACCGGUUCCUGGAGCAGGGCCUGUCUCACGAGUCGCUGGUCGUCCCCACUCAGCCCAUCCACCCGCAGCGCUCGUCCAACCUGAAGCGCUUCGCCCACCUGUUCGAUCGCGCCCCGAACCCCCGCAUCGCCCGCCUGUUGGAUCGUGUCACCCAGGAGGACCUGCACUACUUUGCCACCAUGCUCUCCGGUGAGCAUCCGCAGUCCACGCAGCACACCCGCCACUCGAAGUCCGCGGACAGCCUGUUUGCCGGGGACUUCGUGCAGCAGCAUUUCGAGAACAACGGCUUUGACACCUGGCGCGAGAAGUUCAUGCCGAACUACUGCAGCAAUGUCAUCGGCGACUACCGCAAUGCCACCAUGUACCCGGACCAGUAUGUCAUCAUCAGCGGGCAUCUGGACGACCGUGAGGCCAACAUCAAUGACCCGGCUGCCCGUGCGCCGGGUGCCAAUGACGAUGGCAGUGGCUCUGCCGCCAUGAUGACCAUUGCCAAGGUCCUCGGUGAGGCGGAUGUCUCCUUCCGCCGUGCCCUGCGGCUGGUCACCUGGUGUGGCGAGGAGCAGGGCCUGUACGGGUCCAAGUUCCAUGCCAACAAUGCGGUGGCCGACGGCAUGGACAUCUUUGCCAUGAUUCAGGGUGACAUGCUUGCUGUCAUUGAGCCGAACGCCAAGCCGGCCAUCGGCCUGGUGACGCGCUACACCGACCCGGUCCUGACCUCCCUGGUGCGGGACAUCGUCGGGCGCUACCUGCCGGAUGCGCAGAUCUUCAACCAGACCGCCUGCUGCUCGGAUCACCAGCCCUUCUUCGAGGUGGGUUACCCGUCGGCCGGCUUCGUCGAGCCGAUCGGCUAUGUCGGCGACCCGCACUACCACAAGGUCACCGAUCUGGUCGAGCGCCCGGACUACAGCAUUGAGCAGCUGCAGCUGAUCACUCGUGCCAUCCUGGCUUGUCUGCUGGAGCUGGCCGAGCUUGCUUAA